UUUAAGUUUAAUUUUUUUGCUACUAAUUAGUUAAUAGUAUAUUAACUAAUCAAAUAUUUUUAUUAUUGUUGCAAAACAAAGAAAUCCUUUGAAAAAGGACUAUUGUAUCACAAUAGAAAAUUGUGGUGCCGUCAUAAAUCUUUUCCUUCCCUCUUUUUACUGUGUUUCCUUCUAAUAAAAAAAUCACAAACUCAGAAAUGAAAAAGUUAUUGCUUGCAUAUUUUGGUUGAAUGAACUCUUGGAUGUGAUUUGCAUAUGUACAUGUCGGCUAUCGGUUAGCACGCUAACCUUUCUAGGGGUUGGAAAAAUGACACUCUUAUUAAUCAUAGUUAUUUUUUUAUUAAAUUCGUGUUGCAUUUAAUAAUCUUUGGAAAUUAAAAACUCAUCUUAAUUAUAUUCUUUUUUUUAACUACCAUUGCACUAAUACCACUAUCAUUGCACCUGUAUACUGAACUCAUAUUAAUUACGUUUCUUUUUUGGAACUAUCAUUGUACUGAUACAUUUGUCAUUGCACCUGUACACUAAUACCAUUGCACUGAUACAAAUACCAGUGCGCUGAAAAAGGAGAGUAAUUAAUAUGUGUUUUUAAUUCAUACAGAUUAUUAAAUGCAACACAAAUUAAUUACCUUAAAAACCUAUAAUUAAUAGGGGUGUCAUUUUUCCAACAUUUUAGGGGUAGGCAUUCUAUCUCAUUCCCCAAAUCCAGACAAUUAAAAUUUUCCCCCGAGCAUAAGAAUAAUAGAAGGGUUAGUAGCAUAAAUUGCUUAUCUAUUAUGGUUUUUUCUCAAACAUAUCCUACUACUAUGUUUCACAUCAAACAUACCCUUUUACUAUUAUCAUGAUACCAAAUAUAUCCUUCCGUUAAUAUUUCCAUCCGAAUUUCGUUAAAUCCGACAACCGAUUUGAAUUCAUAAAUUCGGAAGGGGAAAGUCGAAUUUACCUUUCAUUACAUCCAUUUUCCAUCCAUGUAAUUCCUCUCCACUGUUCUGGUUGCCGACCCCUCUGUCUUAUUUUACUUCAUCUAAUCCUCUUUUCGUUGGUUCAAAACGCACUUCUAAUCCGAUCUUGUUCGAGUUUUGCAGACGUAGGAAAAAGCGAAUCACGAGCCGGGUAAGGGUUUUAGAUUUCAUGACGGCGGCAACGAUGGGCAAGCCACCGGACAACACUAGUGGCGUGUGGCGUCCUUCAGAAGUCUCCUCUUCCCCGAACACUAAGAAUGAAAAGGAGGCUACCCAACCAAAAAAGAAAGUUCGUCCCCUUAACUUUGACCAACAAGGAGUAGUUGAAGAUAUUACAGCUGGUGAGAUGGAAGCGGAGGAAAGCCCACAGCCGGAAAGAGGAGAAGGCAAAAGAGGCUCCCCGGUUUGGCAGGAAAGAAAGCGCAGGCUGUUCAGGGAUGUAGUCCAACCGGACACCUGGUAUGUUGCUGAGUCCGACACGGAAGAUGUUGUGCAGGCUGAGAAAGAGGAGGAUGAACCUUUCGAUGAUAUGGAAAGUGACCCGUUGUGCCCAACAGCUACCUUUACAGCAGCUGAGAAAAUCAUAUGGAGGAGAGAGUGGCGGUCGGCGCUGGUUGUGAAGGGCCUCGGAAGAAAAGUUUCAUACAUGGAGCUCUCCCGGCGUCCUAACUUCUUAUGGGCAAAACAUGGUGAUCUACAGAUCUCGGAUAUUAAGAAUGGUUGUUUCCUUGUUCGGUUUAGGAAGGAGGACUAUGAAAUUGCCACUAGUGGAGGGUCGUGGUUACUGGGAGAGACUUACCUAACAGUGAUGCGAUGGUACAAGGGGUUUAACCCAUGGAAGUCGGAAGUGUCAUCAACGUUGAUAUGGGUACAACUCCCGGAGCUACCGAUCGAGUUUAUCAAUAAAGAGGCAGCUAUGAAGAUUGGGUCACUGAUUGGGAAUCCCUUACGUGUUGAUAGAGCCACGGAGGAGGGAGCUCGAGGGAACUUUGCACGAGUAUGUGUAGAGGUGGACUUGAGGAAACCACUGUUGUCCAAAUACAAAGUUGAGGGCAUCGAGUACCUAAUCCAGUAUGAAGGUCUUGAUCAUAUCUGUAUGGACUACGACAAAUAUGGUCAACCUACUGAUUGAUGCCGGUGUAAGGUUAUUGAUGAGGUUGUACAUGAGUUGGUUGAGUUUGUCCUAGAAACCCAAUAUGUCGAACAAGGACCAGGGAAGGGACCAACCUACGGCGAGUGGAUGAUGGUGAAACGGAAAGAGCGCCGCCCGAUCAAGAAAGACAAUAAUGCAGCAAAGAGAAAGGAAUAUAAGCAGAGGGUGGGUAACGUGCCCAAAGCACAAAAUCGGUUUGGGGCGCUAGGGGAUGAUUUGCAUACUGACAAACCAAGUGAGGCCCAUGUCGCUAUGGAGAAAGAUAUUAGCAAGGGCAAGGAUACUAUAUCUCAAUAUCAAGAGCAGAGGCGGAGCCAAGAUUUGAUGGUCCGGGGGGGGGGGGGGAUUCUUACUCUAUAACCGCGAGAAGACGUUAAAAUUAAAAUAAUAAGGGAAAACAGAUUUAUUAUAUUAUUAUAACUACACUUUUUUAAGAUGACUAAAAUAACUCCAAAUAAGAUCUAAAGUUCAAA